ACGGAGUCUACACUAGGUGGGAGCGCGGAACGCCACAGGUGGACCGGGCAUCGCUGGCCGGCAGCGCCAUGAGCCGCAGCUUGGACGCGGCGCGGAGCUUCUUGGAGCAACUGGAGGCACGGGGCGGCCGGGAGGGGGCGGUCCUCGCCGGCGAGUUCAGCGACAUCCGGGCCCGCUCAGCCUCCUGGAAGACAGACAGCGUGUAUUCCACUGAGGCCGGCAAUCGACCAGAAAACGUGAGGAAGAACCGCUACAAAGAUGUGCUGCCAUACGAUCAGACACGAGUGAUCCUUUCCCUGCUCCAGGAAGAGGGACAUGGAGACUACAUCAAUGGCAACUUCAUCAGGGGCACAGAUGGAAGCCAGGCCUACAUCGCCACGCAAGGACCCCUGCCUCACACCUUGCUAGACUUCUGGCGCCUGAUCUGGGAGUUUGGGGUCAAGGUGAUCCUGAUGGCCUGUCAGGAGAUGGAAAAUGGGCGGAAAAAGUGUGAGCGUUAUUGGGCCCAAGAACAGGAACCACUGCAGAUUGGGCUUUUCUGCAUCACUCUGACAAUGGAGACAUGGCUGAAUGCAGACAUCACGCUCAGGACCCUUCAGGUCACCUUCCAGAAGGAAUCCCGCUCUGUGUACCAGCUGCAGUAUAUGUCCUGGCCAGACAGAGGGGUCCCUAGCAAUCCCGACCACAUGCUCGCCAUGGUGGAGGAAGCCCGGCGCCUCCAGGGAUCUGGCCCCAGCCCCCUCUGUGUCCACUGCAGCGCGGGCUGUGGGCGAACAGGUGUCCUGUGCACCGUGGAUUAUGUGAGACAGUUGCUCCUGACCCAGAUGAUCCCACCUAACUUCAGCCUCUUCAAUGUGGUCCUCGAGAUUCGGAGGCAGCGGCCUGCAGCCAUACAGACAGAGGAGCAGUACAGGUUCCUGUACCACACAGUGGCUCAGAUGUUCCUCUCAGCGCUCCAAAGUGCCAGCCCUCGCUACCAGAACCUCAAGGAGAAUUGUGCCCCACUCUACGAUGAUGCCUUCUCCCUCCGGACUUCCCACACCCUUCCUGCCAUAGCCCGCCCAUCCGGCGGGGUCCUCAGGAGCAUCUCGGUGCCCGGGCCCCCGGGCCUCGCCAUGGCCGACACGUACGCUGUGGUGCAGAAGCGCGCGGCCCCCGCGGGCGCAGGGGCGGGCGCGCGGGCGCGCGGCGCGGAGGAGACGCCCCUCUACAGCCAGGUGACGCCGCGCGCCCGGCGGCCCCAGGCGCACGCGGAGGACGGGCGCGGGACGCUGCCCGGUCGCGUUCCUGUUGACCAAAGCCCAGCAGGGCCUGGCGCCUACGAGGACGUGGUAGAGGGAGCUCAGACUGGUGGGCUAGGCUUCAACCUGCGCAUUGGAAGGCCUAAAGGACCCCGGGACCCGCCUGCCGAGUGGACCCGCGUGUGAGUGCAGCGCCCUUGCCUGCCUGUUGGGUGCCUGGUCCACAUGGGUUCCUGGACUGCUGAGAGCCGUGCUCUACUCUGUGAAGUGUUGGGAAUGGGGUUGCUGGGCUGAAUCAAAAUAAAAGUUUCUCAGUGUGGAAAAUAUG